UCAAUCUGCUUAAUAAAAUGGCACCACGAGUCUUCCUAAUCACGGGUACAUCCACGGGUUUCGGCGCCGAACUCGUUAAAGUUGUUGUUGAUAAUGGCGACUACGUCGUUGCAACCGCCCGAAAGUCCUCCUCGCUGUCUUUCCCCGGCACAAACGAUACCAACAGCUUGCUUGUGGACCUCGACGUGACAGACACCUCCUCCAUCAACAAAGCGUUCGAGGCUGCGCUAAAGAAGUUCAAGAAAGUCGACGUCGUUGUGAACAAUGCCGGCUACGGUCUGAGUGGCGAGUUCGAGUCCUUGUCAGAGAAGCAAAUCCGGACCCAGAUGGAGGUUAACUUCUUUGGCUUGAUCAACGUGACACGGAGAGCAUUGGAGGUUAUGCGCGAACAAAAGACUGGAGGCCGCAUCCAGCAAGUUACUUCCGUUGGUGGUCAAAUUGGUUUUCCAACAUACAGCAUCUAUUGUGCCUCCAAAUGGGCCGUAGAGGGCUUUAGCGAAGCGGUUCAGAAGGAACAGAAGCCAGAAUGGAAUAUCCAACUCACCUGCAUCGAGCCCGGAGGGUUCCGCACUGACUGGGCUGGCCGAAGCAUGCAAUUUGGUGAAAACAAGCACCCCGCGUACGACCACAUUGACGCAAAAGCCAAUGCAAAGAAGCGCAACGGUACCCAGGCAGGAGACCCAGUGAAAGCGGCUAAGGUCUUUUACGAGCUGGCAGUCAUGAAGGACCCACCAAUGAGGUGUGCGGUUGGCACUGAUGCCUAUGCGGCCAUAACGAACAAGUUGAAAGAGUAUGGGGAGAGCCUGAAGAGGUUUGAGAAGCAGACCAACAGCACAGAUGUGGAUGGAUACAAGGCUCCAUCCUAAAUACCUUAGAAAUCAGAUAGUAGAAAGUAGAGAGUGCUUGCGUUAUGAAUUCAAUAAAAGCAUACAUGAAGCCG